GCCGAUACAGUUCACCAGUCUGACUGCUAGCAGGAUGAUCGCAGGAUGAUCGCAGGAUGAUCGCAGGAUGAUCGCAGGAUGAUCGCAACCUAGAUGCUGAAUGCUCCUUCAUCAAUAGUUACAGCAAGGCCAAGUAAUAAUCAUACACCGCGGAGCUGUCGGUAUGUCUGGUCUAACCGGCGAUGGCUAGCGCGGAGAUAGGUCACAGUAAUAAGCCAGCUACCGAUGGCCUCGAUCGUUUCUUGCAGCUGGUGCACUCAUUCCUUAACAACAGAGGUCAGCGAUGUCUGGUCAAUUAUCUGGUCAAGGUCAUGUAUCGCCUGCCCGUGCCAGCUGCUCCCUUGUCGGAACAGCAUGCGAGCCAAGCGGGGAGUGUGGACGCGGAAGUAGCCUGCGCGAGGAUGCGCGAGGCUUCAGGGGGGAAAGCGGACGCGGAGUUGGUAUCGGUCACAGCAGGAUGGGCGACGAGCGCAGCGCAAGCACGAUUUGGUCCGCGCGUUUCCCGCGAGUCGACGAGGCGGAUGGCAGGCCUGCCUCGAGCGGGCCUCUGGUGCGGCUGCUGGAACGAGCGGCGGGUGGGGGGGAGCGGGAGCGGGAGAUGGCGGAGGAGAGGAGGGAGGCGGAGAAGGAGAGGUUGCGCGAGUGGGAGAAGAAGAGGAAGAGGGAGGAGGAGAAGAAGGGUGUCUGGGGUAGUGACUUCGGCAGGUACAUGCACGAGAAGACUCGCAAGCUUCGCCUGCAGUUUGAGGGGGAGGCAGCUGCUGGUUUGCUCUGGCAACCCCAGCUGCCAUCCCACGUGCCUGUCUCGUCCCAGCAGCUUGCUUCCCUGCACGGUCUCGCUGCCCGCACACAGGCUCUACCUGGUGCAGGCUGGACACUCCAAGGGCCUGAGUCUGGCAGCAUGAAGGCGGAUAGGGAAGCGCCUGCCAUUGCUGCUGCUGCUGCUGCUGCUGGUGGUGGUGGAAAGGGAGGGGUCGGUGAAACGGAUGCGGGGUGGCACUUGGCAUGUGAUUCCAGGGUUCGGGACGAGGGUGCACGGUGGGAGGGGGAAGAUGCGUUGGGGAAUGAGGGCAUGGUGGGCGGCUGUGCAGGGAGUGGGGACAUGUGGCAGGGAGCAUGUAGUGGAGGUGGCAUGCGGUGCGAAGGAAGUGAGGGGAGGAGUGGUGAAACAGCGUUGCAUGGAGUGCAGAGCGGUACAGCGUGCAUCAGUGCAUCUCGCCUCUUUGAAGGGGUGGUCAUCUGGGUGAAUGGAUACACGCAACCCACACACCAGGAGCUGCGGCAGCUCAUGCUGGUGCACGGGGGCGUGUUUGAGAACUACUUCCACCCCUCCCGCGUCACGCACAUCAUCUGUGCCAAUCUCCCGGACACUAAGCUUGUCCAGUUCCGCAAGUCGCGGACUCUGCCUCCAAUUGUGCACCCCAACUGGGUGGUCGCCUGCAUCCACGCCAACAGGCAGCUGCCCUUGGAUUCGUUUCUGCUGCGCCGCCUGGCUCUGGACCACCCGGAUCAGAAGACCCUCUCCUCCACCUUCCUCCGUCCCAAGCCCACACAUCAGCUUCCCCCUUCACACUCCCCUGCGCGCAUCGCUGCCAUAGCUGCCGCCCCUGCUUCUCCUGCUGCUGUUGCUGCUAUUCACUUGGCUCCUGCUGAUUCUGCUGCCAACGCAGCUGCCACUGUCUCUGCUCCUGCCGCGGCACUUGCUCCCUGCACUCCCUGCCUGCCCCAAAAGCCAGACACACAUCAUGCAGCAGCAGUUGCGACAGCAGCGGCAGCACGCGUCAGCACUCAGGGUGACAGGCUUGAGCAAGAGGGUGCAUGGCGGGCGUGCACGGGGGGGAAAGUGGAACAAGGGGGUUGGGCAGGGGUGGAGGCUGCAGGGAAGGAAACGAAGGGUGAGAAAUCAGGUGCAGGGUGGAGUGAUUGGUCGAAUGGGUGCAUGGGUCAUGAUGGUGCUGAGAAAUCAGGUACGGAUGAUGCAUGUGGGGCAGAGAGAAAGGUCGGCUCUGAUGUAUGGGAUGGAGAUGCUGCUGAAAAAGCGGAAGGUGUGAGUGAGGUGGAUGGUACCGGGGGGGGAGGGGAGGAAGGGGAAGGAAGGAGUGGAGGAGAGGGUGAGGUGGUUGGAGAUGGUGUGUGCGAUGGAGUGAAGGAUGGAGUAUGCGUUAAGGGUGAGGUGAUGGGAGCGAGGGAGGCAGGCGGUAAGGACAGUGUGAUGGGAGUGAAGGAAGGGGGAAAGGAGGAGCAGGGGGAGAUUAGGAAGGAAGGCGAGGCAGCAGAGGUGCCGGGAGGGGAAGGGGCUGAGUUGGGCGCACGGGAUGAUGUGAAUGGUGCACGUAUUGGCGUAGAAGCAAGGGUGAAUGCUACACCAGCAUCGGGUACUGGGCUCACAGGUGGUGAAACGCCGAUGGGUGCUUGGCACACAGGCAAUGAUGCUUGUACAGAGGCCCGGGUGGGCAGCCAGUGCGCCAUGCCGUUGGUGGAACGGAGGAGUGGAGGGGAGGAGACGAAGGCGGAAGCGAGGAUGGGAGGCAUGAUGGAGGAGACGGUAGGCGUUGCUGGCAAGGGGAGGAGCAGCGUGGAGGGGAGGGAGGUGGAGGGGGUGGCUGGGAAGGCGAAGGCGAGCAGCAGUGGAAGGGGCCGAGCUCACAGCACACAGACAGACCCCAACUUCGUGCAGAAUUAUUUUCGGCAUUCCCGGCUGCAUUUCAUAGGGUCCUGGCGCAACCGUUACCGGCCACCAGCAGCGAUAGCAACCGGCGAUGGAGCAGAGGGGACAGUGGGGGCGGUGGGGGAAGCGGGCGCAGAGGGGGCAGGGGGAGGAACCAGAGGUGAGGGUGGGUCUGGGGAUCACAGCUCGCAUGGUGCAGGCUACAAGGAGGAGAUGGCACUAGAGGGAGACGCGAAUCGCACCUGCGCUUUGUGGAAUGUAGAGGAGGGCGCGGGCAGCAAGGAGGGCGCGAGGGGCAGCAGGGAGAGCGCGGGCAGCAAGGAGGGCGCGAGGGGCAGCAAGGAGGGCGUGGGCAGCAAGGAAGGUGCGGGCAGCAGGGAGCGUAUGGGCAGCAGGGAGCGGGUGGUGGUGCAUGUGGACAUGGACUGCUUCUUCGUGGCGGUCUCACUGCUCUCCCACCCGCACCUCCGAGGGAAGCCCGUUGCCGUGUGCUAUGGAGGCAGGGGAACCGGCCGAGGGAGGAACGACCCUGCUGCUCCUGCUGCUGCUGGCACCAAUGCACCUGCUGCUGGCGCUGGUGGUGCGGAUGCUAGUGCCAGUGGUGGUGGAAGCAUUAUUGUUGCUGCAGCAGCGAGGGGAGUGGCAGGAGGAGCAGGGGCCAGCAGUGCAGCAGCAGCGGGGUUCGCAGUGGGUGGUACAGGGGAGGUGUCGUCGGCGAGCUAUGAGGCGCGUGCGUAUGGAGUACGUGCGGGCAUGUUCCUGCGCGAGGCCAGGCGCCGCUGCCCGCAGCUGCAGCUGCUGCCCUACGACUUUGAGGCGUACGAGCGCGUGGCAGAUGAGGUGUACGCCAUCCUGCACCGCUACGCGCCUGUGGUGCAGUGCCUCAGCUGUGACGAGGCCUUGCUGGAGCUGCCGCCGGGCACGGCGGACCCCGGUGCGCUGGUGGCGCGAAUGCGCGCUGAGAUAGAGGCGCGCACGGGGUGCACGGCCAGUGCUGGCAUCGCCCACAACGUCAUGCUUGCUAGGGUCGCAACAAGGAAAGCCAAGCCCAACGGCCAGUUCCACAUCACCCAGGACACGGCGCCUGACUUCCUGCACGACCUGCCGGUGUCCGACCUGCACGGUGUGGGCGGGGUGCUGACCUCCAGGCUGCACGCCGCUGCCAUCAACACGUGCGGCGACCUCCUUGCCCUCUCGCACUCCGCUCUCCAGGCGGAGCACGGGGUCAAGACCGGGGACAUGCUCUGGCGCUACGCCAGGGGCAUGGACGACCGUGCCGUUGUGCCAGCUGCAGCGAAGGACAAGGCUCCAGGUGCUCCUGGUGCCCUGCCAGGUGCUGCUGGUGCUGCUGGUGCUGCUGGUGCUCCAGUGGCUGCUACCCGCAAGUCCAUAGGCGCGGAUGUCAACUGGGGGGUGCGGUUCCGAGGGCCGGAAGACGCGGAGAAGUUUCUGGGGGAUUUGGUGGAGGAGGUGUGUGCGCGGCUGCAUGGUGCGGGCAUGGCGGGGCGGUCGCUGUGCGUGAAAGUGCGGGUGCGGGCGAAGGGGGAGCCAGUGGAGCCAGUCAAGUUCAUGGGGUGUGGCCGCUGCGACAGCUAUAGUAAGUCCAGGAGCCUUGGGCCUGCUGCUACGGCCGACCCGAAAGUCCUUCUGCGGGCUGCCCGGGCGCUGUUUUUGGGAGUUGGGGCGAAUCCGGUGGAUGUGAGGGGUGUGGGGCUGCAGGUUUCGCGGCUGGAACAGGCAGGGGGGAAGGGGGUCGGGGGUGGUGGGUUCUUUGGGAGUAUUGAGAGAGUGUGUAAGAAGUCGAGGGUUUCUGUGCUGGAGAGGAGAGAGGUGGAUGAGGUGGAGGAGGAGGACGGAAAUGAGGUGAAAGAAGAGGAGAGAAUGGCAGAGGAAGGGGGAGAGCUGAUGGGCGUGGAAGAGAGCGAGAAGGGGGAAGAGCGUGGGAGUUAUGGUUGGGAGGGGAAUGCAGGGGCGUGGAAGGGAGAGUUGUGUAAGGGAGAGGAAGGGAAGGGUGUGGGAUCAGGAGAUGAUAGCAACAGGGCUGAGAGUCAUCUGAUUCCAAAGAAGUGUGCCAAGGUGGAGAGGGCUGGGGAGGAGCAGAUGGUGGGUGGGGAGAAGGGAGUGUGCGGGGAGGCAGGGACGAACGAGGCAGCGUGUGGAGUCAGGGGGGUCGGUGCAGAGCCACGCGGUAACAUUGUUGAUAAGGGGAAAGGCAUGGCGGUGGUUGGUUUGGAGGGCUCUUUGGGUGUUGGCACUUCCGAGGGGGGAGGGGUUGGAGGUGGGAGCAGCAGAGGCGAGAGGGAUGGGAGUUGUAAGGGCAAAGGAAAGGCUGUUGUUGAAGAAGCAGCAACAGCAGCAGCAGCAGCAGCUGUUGGCGAGGAUGGUUCUGCAAGGCGGGCGGAUGGUUUAGCACCUGUACUCCCACCCAUGUCCCAGUGGGAUGCCUCGUUUCUCGACGCCCUGCCACCUGCUCUCAAGCAAGAACUGGAGAGCUCGUACAAGCAGCAAAGGCAGGAGCAGGAAAGGCAGCAGCUGCUGCACGCGCAGCAACAGCACCAGGAGAAGCCGCAGCAUGUUCUGGUGCCCUGCCAUGCGUCGUCCCUAUCGUCUGGGUCAGCAGCUGGCGCAGACGCUUCUCAGCACUCAUCUCAAAGCGCCUCCACCCCAAAGCAGCAGCAACCGCAGCAGCAACAGCAACAACAGCAGCAGGAGCGACAAGUGCAGCCACACAUCAAGUCAGGAUCACAGGGCAAGAGGUCGAGGAGGAGCAGGCAGCACGAAGGGCAGCAUGAGUCGCGGCACAAGCAGACCACGCUCUUUUCCAUGUUCCCCCGGGCAACCCCUGAAAGACCACCACCUCUACCUGUCUCUUCAACCAUGCGCCAAUCCGCAUCUGUGUCCUCCCACCCCUCAGCUGCUUUUCCACCUGCUACUUCUGCUCGUGCUGCCUCCGCCUCUGCUGCUCGCCCUGCCUCCUCCGCCUGUUCCAUUCCCCUCUCUCACGUUGACUCCCGCAAUUGCAUGCACUCAGGUGGCGAGGUGCGAGGGGGAGAGGAUGCUGGGGCGCAGAGGAGUGGAAGCACAGCGAGGGUAGUAGGGGAGGGGAGGGAUAGUGCUGCUGGGGGAAGAGGACGAGGAAGGGGGCGAGGCAGGGGAAGAGGGAGAGGGAGAGGAAGGGGGAGGGGAGGAAGGAGUGAGCCGAGAGUGUCGCCAGGAGGGUUGCCGGGACGAACUGCGGGUAGCUCGAGUGCGGUAGGUGCUGCUCUGGUGGUGGAUAGGCAGUGGAGGAGCGCAACUGGGGUGAGAUCUGAGGAACAUGGGUGGAGCGAGGAGGGGGGAAGGCAGGAUAACGGUUGCAGUGAAGCUUUACCAGAAGCGGCGCCAGCAGCAGCAGCAGCAGCAGCUGCGUCACCUGCAGGUGUGCAUGUGGGCCUGUCCCUAUCCCAGAUCGAUCAGUCUGUACUCGCUGAGCUCUCCCCCUCCCUGCAGCGCGAGAUUCUGCACAGCCUGGGAGCAGCAAGGGUGCAAAACCGGGGUCGUAGCGCGAGGAAGCGACAGGAAGAAGGUGAAGUGGCGUGCAGGGACACAGAGCGAGGGCGCUUAGAGAAGGACACUGAUUGUGGUGCUGCUGCUCGUGGCGUUUCAGGGGUGAGGGAAGCGAGUGGUGGAGGGGCGAGAGACAGAGGCAGUGAAGGCAAGGGUCUGGAGCAGGUGGGAGGUGGUGGAGGGGGGAGGGAGGCGCAUGGUGGUAUGGUGUCAGGCUCAUGUGAUGAUGAUAGGAUGCGGCAGCGUGAUGGGGUAUGUGAGGCGGAUGCAGAUGGGGAGGAGGGCCGGAAGGUGGAGGGCUUGGAGGAGGAUGGGCAGGGUGGAGUUGAGGCCAUGGAGGGAAGGGUCACGAUGGAAGAUGGAGACUGUGAGCGUCAGGGGCAUGAAGCGGAUGCUGUCUCAGCAAUGCUGCCAGGGCAACCACUUGAGGAUUUAGAAACACACGCAUCAACAGCAGCCACAGCCGCAACAGCAGGAGCAGCAUCACCAAAGAGUGUGUCAUGCCAGCCACACCCCAUCUGGUCGAACUUCCUUUUGCAAGCCUUGCAGCGCCCUCCAGCCUCUCGUCCUUCUCUCUCAACAUCUCACAGUGCCACUCUUGUUCCAAUCCAUGAGCCCUCACCCCAUGACAUCUCCGCUGCGGCAUGCUGCCUGACUGUCCUCCAGUCCUCCACCUCCUGCUCUCUCAGCCUUCAGUUCCCCUCGCGCCCUUUGCAGCUGUCCACAUGCCUCUCCAGGUUGAACCGGUCCCUGCUUAGGGCCAUGCAGCCAGUGCAGCAGAUACAACCAGCAGAGCACAUGCAGCAGCAGCAUUCGGCACAUGUACGGGGACGUGAAUGGGCGAGGGUGGAGGGGGGUGCGGAGGUGGAGGGAGGGGGGGAGGUGAGGCAGUGUGUGGGGCUGCUGUUGGAGUAUCUGAAUCAGGUCACUCAGCGAGACUUGGAAGAGGCACAUACAGUCAUCAAAGCAAUAAGCAGCUUGGCAUGCAUCUCAUCAUUCUGGGGGCAUGUCCAAGCAUCUCUGCGCCCACAUUUUCAGGCACUGGUGUAUGAAACAUACACUGGAGAACUUGAGUUCUAAGAUUAACGGAUGAAUGGACGAGCACGUCAAUGCAGAUCCAUUGGUCACCAUUCUUUGAUUCUUUUUGCAGAUAAUUUUUAGCCCAUAACACUAUAGGGAUCGCGUAGGUGUACGUUUAGGGUCGAUAUCUAAGGCCACUUAUUGUAGCACUGGGCAGAACAACCAUAAACUAAAUUCCUUGCAUGCAU